UCUUUCUUGAAAAAGAUAUUAAUUUUUCAGGAUUUUGGCAAUAUUUUCUAUGUUUACAGUAAUUAAGAAUCUCGAAUACUAAGGUUUACAAUUUUUUACUUAAGAGUAAUUCACUCAUUAAGCAUAUCAACGAUAUUUGAUUAGCAGUACUAUGAAGAAUAGAUUUUGUUAUUUUCACUUAUUAACUCUGUUAUUCUAAUAGCAAGUGUUACGUUAAUUAGAUUUUUGUAUAAAUCUAGAAAAAUAUUUAAAAUGGUUGCUUUUUUGGUGAUAGGUUUGCUUAUCUUAUCUUAUAUUAUUAUAUUAUAUUAUCAAUUGUUAGUGGUCAAUCAAACGAUUUCUCAAGUAAAAGGACAUCUUACUUUUUUAUAAUGUUUGGAGUAGAUUUCUUUAUCUUUUCAACAUUAGUCUCUAUAUUUAGCAUAUUUGCCUUUGUUAAAAUAGUUUAGGAUGCAAUUAAAAAUAAAUUUAUAUUAAAAUUAUUAGGUUUACUAUAAAUAGAAGAUAUUU